AUGAUAUUCUAUCAUGCGCUAUUUCUUCGUUUUUCUCUGUUGGGUGUGUACCCACCUUCCAUAGAUCAUAGUCGACCUCAACCUCCCAUCUCGUGUGCUGCUGACCUCUGGGACGUCUUCCUUGAAUAUUCUCCAGAAUUAUUAUCCCAGCUGUCCAGUGUUCGGAGUCGAGCUGCUGCAGCCCAAAGUGUCUCUUCCCAGUUGCAGCAGUUGGAGAUGCAGUUGCAGUCAACUAAUCGGAUCGAUGGCGCGAUGGCCACGACGCAGUCGGUAAAUGCGUCGUCUACAGGUGGAGUCCAAUCUUGGUCGCGGUUUCAAUCCUGGCUGGCGCCUGACCACGGGCAACAAUUAGAGCGGCUACCUAGACGGCAAGCUGAAAUUCCCAAGCCCCCAGCUGUCACUACUACUACUACUACCACUACCCCAAACAGUUCCACAGAACCACCAAGUGCAGCUAGCUCCAGUAAUUCAAAUAGCAACUUACAAUUUUUAUUACCAAGGUGUAUGGAGUUUGCAUUGUCUGAAGGAGAUCAAAGCAAUCUUGAAAUGGACCAUAGUUUGUUUGUUCAGGAAGUCCUUUUGUCAACAUUAGCUGAUGAGCUGCAACCCCAAUUUCUGGAGAAAAUGCUGCAGUUGGAAAUUGGCAGUGGAACGAAUCCUGCAGAAAAGAUGUCUAACAUUGGGGGUGGCAGUAGCACCAGUGGUAAUGGUGGUAACAGCACUGUGAGUGGUGGCGGGAGUAGCAGUGGCAGCAGUCAGCAGAAAUCCACAGUGAAAAGUAAAGCUAUUCGUCAGAGGCCAGUGGAGAGUUCUUUGCACAGUCAACCUAAAGGCGGCGGAGGAGGUGGUGGUGGUGGUGGUAGCAGUGGAGGAAAUGGAAGCAGCAAUAGCUCUAACAAUAUUAACAACAAUGCUACUGCUGCUACAGGCAGUGGAGCCAGUGGUGGCAGCAGCAGCAGCAAUGGCAGUGGUACUCAGAAUAUUUCAGCGCUUAAACACCAGAUGUCAAGCCAGUCUUCUAAUCUUGCUUCUCGUAGUGCAUCAGGGACUAGUCCAAUCUCUGGGCCUCCCCAGAGCUCCUCACUUACACAAGCCAACAUAGUCUUACUUUCUGGCCAAGCAGGCAAUCUUGGGCGGGGAUUAAAUCCAGGGGGUCAGGGUAUGGGCAACAUGGUUGGGGGCAGUGCUACACCCCAGGCACAGUCCAGAUCAGCUGGCUUGAGGGAAGCCUUGGUUAACACAAGUUCUGCUAAGAGAAAUAUGCUCAAGCAUUUAGAAGCCACGAAAGCCUCCGAUAGGGAACCUCCACCACACUAA